AUGCCCUCUUACAAGCUCACCUAUUUCGAUGUUCGCGGGCGAGGCGAGGUGCCAAGACAAUUGUUUGCUCUGGCUGGAGUGCCCUAUGAAGAUGUGAGGAUCACUUUCGAGGAAUGGGCCGAGAAAAAGGGAACUCUCCAACUUCCCUAUGGCCAGCUGCCAAUUCUCGAGGUUGAUGGGGUAAUUUUAGCUCAAUCCGGAGCGAUCGCCCGUUUCUUGGCCAAGAGAUUUGGAUAUUACGGUGAAAACGACUUCGAAGCAGCUCAAAUCGACGAGUUCCUCGACGCGUUCACCGACUUUUUCACCGAACAGAAGAUGUUCUUCCCGAUUUACAUUGGGAAAAUGGAAGGGGAUAAGGAGGCUGCUCGAAAGGAGCUUUUUGAGCCGGCUCGUGACAAGUAUUUUCCGAUUUUUGUGGAGAGAUUCUUGAAGAAAAGUGCAAUUGGAUUCUUGGUUGGAUCAAAGCUCUCCUACGCUGAUUUGGCUCUCGCCGGGCAGACUCUCUGUUUACUCGAUUUCAUGCCCGAUUGCAUGGAUAAAUAUCCUGAGUUGGUUGCUCAUCUUGAUCUCGUCAAUUCAGUGCCGGCAAUCAAGGAAUGGAUCGAAAAGCGUCCAAAGAAUGCAUUC